UAUUCAGUCAAUGAAGAGGUGCAUUCUGAACAUGCCUAGGUAUUUUGGUCACUGGGGACGGUGGCUGCAGAAAUCCCUUAAUAAAUAACUCAUGGAACUUGAUUUUUUUUUUUUUUGGUUGAUUGGUUGGUUUGUUUUAAAAGAGGCAAGUUGGAAUUUGAACUCUCAUGAUUUCAACUGUGAAGUGGAAUAACUGUAGCCCAGGAUUGCAAUGGAUGUGGAAGAAGAAAAUACCGGUCUUAGUCUAUUUCGAAGUUCAGGAAGCCUCACUCAUCCAGGUUAUCUACUGAAUCCACUGAUGGGUGAUUUUGUUUCUGACUGGUCUCCUUUACAUGAAGCAUCCAUUCAUGGGAGACUGCUCGCUCUGAAGAAACUCAUCGAUCAGGGAGCUAGUGUGAAUCUUAGGACAGCAGAUUGUGUAUCUCCUCUCCAUGAAGCUUGCUUAGGAGGACAUGCUGCUUGUGCCAGUGUUUUAUUAAAACAUGGGGCCAACGUAAAUGCAACUACUAUUGACUGGAACACACCUCUGUUCAACGCUUGUGUCAGUGGUAGUGUAGACUGCUUGAACUUGCUACUACAACAUGGAGCCAGCCCACAUCCAGUGUGCGACCUGGCAUCCCCCAUCCAUGAAGCUGCUAAAAGAGGUCAUACCAAAUGUGUGGAAACUCUUCUAUCCAGUGGAGUCAGUAUUGACCACAACAUUAAGCAUCUCGGUACUCCACUUUAUGUCGCUUGUGAGAAUCAACAGUUGAACUGUGCCAAAAAGUUACUUGAGUCAGGAGCAAGUGCAAAUAGUGGGAAAGGCCUGGAUUCUCCUCUCCACAUAGCUGCUCAAACUUCUGACGUUGACAUGGUCCACUUGCUCAUUGAUUUUGGAGCAAAUGCUAGGGCUGUUAAUGCUGACGGCAAAAAGCCAAUAGAGCUGGUUCCAGCCAACAGUGCACUACUGCAGAUAUUACUGCAGAGAGAAGGGCCCUUCUCCUUGAUGCAGUUAUGUCGCCUGUGCAUCCGGAGUUACUUGGGAGUCAAAAAGAAACAGAGAAUUAGUGAACUUACCUUACCAGAUGAGCUAAAGAGGUUUCUUUUAUAUCUAUAAAAGUGUUAUAUUCCUUGCUGAUAUAUACGAGUUUUACUUCUUAGCAAAAUUGUUUGUACAAUUUACAUUCCAAAUACCCAAUCAGGGUUUUCAAUAGGACUAGUUUGUAUGUCUCUGCAUUUUUUAAUGGUUAGUUCCUAUUUGUACAUUAAAUAAAUUUGAGAACUAAAUUAAACUUCAAUUCCACACA